UAGAUCUAGAAUCUAGUCUAGGCCCUAAUAAAAUAUUAAUAUUAAAGAUUUAAAUUAAAUCCUGGAUCUUAAAUUAUAAAGCAGAAUGGUAGAUCAUGCAAGUACUUCUUUUGAUGUAGCAGAAACUACAAAUGUGGAAACAGAAUACUUGGGAGGGCAUGUACAUGAUAUUAAUGAUUUGAAGAAUUUAGUCAACACGUACAAUAAUAUUCAUCAGGCUGUUGAAAUUAAACAAGGGCAUGUAGUUUAUCUUUGGAUUGAAAAUGCUAGAAAAGUUUGCCCAACUGUGAAACUAUUGGAAGGAAUUCUUAAAGAUAGGCAGGCCAUGAGUUGCAGUGAUACUACUGUUCAUGUAUAUGUGAGACGUUCUUGUAACAUUUACAGACAGUUUAGAGCAUCAAAGAAUUGGCCUCAAAUUGUUCAGUUUUUGGAAAGACCUUUCAGCUUGCCACAUCCUAAACCUAGACUUAAAGCAAAAGAUGUCUACGUUCAAGAAGUUGAAGAGAUGCAGUAUGUGCCAGGCUUUGCAGUUGAGAAAGAAACUAUAAGUUUAAAAAAGGACUGUCCAAAAUGUGCUCUAAAAAGAAAAUCUACACAAGAUUUGGUCAAAGCCAACAAAAAGUUGAAAAUACAAAACAGACAAUUGAAAACUGAACAGAAAACCAACAAAAUCUUUGCCAUUACAAGGCUGAAUAAGAAAAUAGAAAGAUUAACAACUGAACUAGAAAAACAAAAAGAAUUUUCUACCAGAUUAAUUGGAAUACAAAAGACUGCUUUAGCAAAAACUUUUGUAUCACAAUCCUCAGAGUCAAAGUUAUUUAAAUCAACAGCUGUAGAUGUGAAACAUAGAAAAAUUAAAAUUUUGAAGCAGGCAGAAAAAAGAUAUAUACAAACAAUACAAAGUUUGAAACAAGAACUUACAGAAAAAGACAGCACCAUUACACAAUUAAAAUCUUCAAUACACAAUCUGACUGCAAUGUUGUCAAAGGAGCUGAAGUCAAGUUAUCAUGGGAUAAGUUCUGAAACAAGAACAUGAAUUUGAAAAUUGUGCUAUUUCCUAAUCUUCAUGAAAUGUUUGAGAAAUCAGUAAACAGAACUGAAAAUGAGUUAUCAGGGUAGAUCUUGUGCUGCAGAAACAACAAAUGACAUUUGAUAUGCCGUGAAUAUGAUACCUCCAAAUUUUACUCCCAUAA